AUGCUCGAGCUUCUUGGAACGUACAGGAAUCUCACACUUCAACUCCUAUUAUCUCUCUUCUUAAUCCUAAUCCUCUCAUUUCUCAGAAUCCCGAUCAUCUUCCUCUACGGCCUCUGCACUUACAUCCAACCGGAGAAUCUCGGCCAGAACAACGCCGGGAGUGGGGUCAGAGCCGCGAUUCGUCGUCCUUCUACUGUCGACGAUCCUAAACCCAACGGUGAAGUCAGGAGGAGAAAUAGAUCCAAGGAUAAAUCCGAAUUCGACGAGAGCAAUGCCCAGAUCUUCCGGAUUAAGCUCGAUGAAGACCACCUCAGAUCUCGGAUGUAUUUCACAGAGUACAAUUCCCUCUUCGUUUUAUCAUUCUUAGCUGCUUCAUGCUUCCUUCUUCAAAAUUACGUCGGCGUAGAGGAUAGCCACGGCGUUCUGGGAAACGGAUUGAUGUUCCCGCUCGUUCUGGGAUUCAUCGCGUUGUGUAAGGUCUUCGUCGCUUUAGCUAAGAUCUCGAUCGAGAGAUCCGCUUCGAAGAAAUCGGAGAAGAAACUAAGCUUGAUUUUUGGGGGUUUAGGGUUUGUCUUCGGGAUUAUAAUCAGUGCUGGUGUAUUCCCCAAAGGAUUCGAUUUCCAAUUAGGUUCCGUCGAUGCCUUCUGCUGCAUACUCAUAUCUUCCUCGAUGGCUUGCAUCGCUGGGUUCCUUUACAUGCCUGCAGGGAGAAGCGCGAGGUCGUUUUGGGUUGGAACUGAUCAGAUUAGGAGUAACUUGUCGAUCAUUUCUUGUGGAUGGUUCGGUAGAAUGAUCCUCUAUGCGAAUUACAUCGUUUCUGUUUUCACUUGCUUGCUUUGGAUCCAUCCAUUAGCAGAGAUUCUAGUGAAGAGAAGUAGUAGUAGUAGUAGCCACACUGGUUUGGUUGGUAAUGUAGGCAUGUCGAGUACUGAUUUCGGAAAGUUUCGGGUUCUGUGCUUGUUGUUGUCUGGUUUGCUACAAGCUAUGGCGGUUCGUCCAAACUUACAGAUGUUUUUGAACGAAGCUGUGCUCUCGUGGUACCAGAGGUUACAUGGGAGCAAAACUCCUGAUCUUGAGUUUAGCAGGGCGAAGAUGUUUCUUCAUAACCACUACUUAUGCCUCGUCGCUUUGCAGUUCUUGGCGCCAUCUGUGCUUGUGAUACUCUUCCUCGGGUUGUCUCAGAUUGAUCUGAGCUCUUUCGCUGUGUCUCGACUGGUAUGUGGCUCUUUGCCUUGCAGCGAUUUCGUUACACAAGUGGGUUUGUUGAUGUCUUGGUGGGUUGUUUUCGUUUGGUCUUGUUUUGCUUCUGCAAGUCUUGUCUUUUAUCGUCGUGGUGUCUUGUAUGUUUCUUGA